AGCACACGAGUUAGUGUUAAACUGUUAUGUAGUUCGACUAGUCGAGUUGGGGUCUUAAGGUUUCGGACUCUCGGGUUAAAUAAAACCGAAUCUAACUUCGAUCCAGUCAUGUACACGACUUGUUUGUAAACAUAACUCGAUUGUGUUGUGAACCAAAUUCUGGAACUGGAAAAAGUGUUUCGAAAGACCGGAACACAAAUACUUCACAGUUCGCACUCACCUCAGACCCGAUUCUCUGCAAAAUCAUGGCGACAUCAGAAUCCCCAGAACCUAAAACCCUAGCAACAGAUACCCUAAACCCUACAACUGCAACCCCGGAAAACCACCCAGUAACUGCCGCAGAAACCUCCGUCAAACCCUCCGAACAACCCAACUCUAACAACCCACCACCACCAUCAUCACCACCAAAGUCCCCUGAAACCACCGCAAAGCGGAAGCGAGAGGAAGAGGAACAGCAAGUUGAGGAUGAUGAUGCCAAGAAGACGAAACCAUCUUCAGAACACCCACUGCACAAAACUAGCCUGUGCUCCUACUUCCGGAGCACUUCUGGGUCCUGCAGUCAUGGAGAAGGAUGCCGAUUCGCCCACAAUGAGGAGGAGCUUCGGCCUCGGCCUGACGGCUCGUGGGACCCGACUUCGCAGCGGGCGAAGAAGGGGGAUGCUGAAGAGGAAGAGGGUGUAGAUGAGGAAGAGGAGAAGGUUGUUAUGAUGACUGAGGUUUUGGCGGAUUCUAGUGAUCCUCAGCUUAGCAAGUGUUUGAUUCAUUUGCCUAGGAAGUGGAGUUCUGAUCAGUUGAAGACUUAUCUUGAUGAGCAGGGGGUUGUUUUCAAAUCAGCCAAGAAGAAGAAAGGUAUGUCAGUAGGGUUUCUGACGUUUGAAGCUGCUGAGCAAGUUAACAGUGCAACUGAGUUGUUGGGAGGUAAAUCUAUUGGCAAGGAGAAACUAAAAAUUGGGGAUGUCAUUCCACGAGCAUAUGAUGAGAAGAUAAAAUCAGCCGAAAAGAGGUAUCAAAAUGGGAUAGCUGGAGUAGCUGAUGAAACGGAGGCUAAUUCGGCUUCAAAUGAAAUUGAAAAUGGUGAAGUGAAUGGUUCAGCUUCAAGGGGAAAGAGUGUGCGUGAUGCAGUGACUCCCCUUGCUCAUCUUCCAUAUGCAGAACAACUAGAGCAAAAAAAGAACUCUUUGACGCAAAUACUCAAAAGACUUACUAGAAAUGCACGGAAAGCAUGCCCAAAAGAUCUUCCCCUGCCCAAGUGGGUUGUGAACUCCAGGGAAAUAGGUGGGCUUCCAUGCAAACUAGAGGGGAUAAUUGAGUCACCACAAAUAAAUGGGUAUCGUAACAAGUGUGAGUUUUCAGUUGGCCUUUCAGUACAAGGGAAACCUACUGUGGGUUUUAUGCUCGGAAAUUUCAGAGAGGGCGUGACCGCAGUUGAGGAACCUACUAACUGUCCAAAUGUUUCUAGAAUUGCAUGCAAUUACGCCUCAGUCUUUCAGGAGUUCUUACGGGAUUCAGCUUUACCAAUUUGGAACAGAUUUAACAAUACUGGCUUUUGGCGUCAAUUGACAGUUCGGGAAGGCCAGAAUCCACAGAAAGAUGUUGAGCUACAGGUUCAGGAUCCCGAGGCUUGUAUUUCAGAGGUCAUGCUUAUUGUUCAGGUUUCUACAGAAGGCUGUGAUGAUGGUCUCGUAAAUAGUGAACUUGAAAAACUGACUCAAGCAUUUGUUGAGGGUGCUGCUUCAACGUCUCCGCCUUCUCCUCUGACUGCAGUAGCUUUGCAGGAUCAUAAAGGCAUAUCCAAUGCAGCUCCUGCUGAUACUCCGUUGCGUUCAUUACCUAUACUUACAUCUCAUUCUGAGAUGGAAGUGGUCAUGGAUAUCAAAGAACCCAGGAUUCAUGAUUAUAUUGGCAAUCUUCGAUUCUCUAUAUCACCUACUGCAUUCUUUCAGGUUAACACUCGAGCUGCAGAGAAGCUAUAUUCUCUUGCAGGAGACUGGGCUGGUCUCAAUCCAGAUACUUUACUUUUUGAUGUAUGCUGUGGGACUGGCACAAUCGGCCUGACAUUAGCCAACCGUGUUGGUAUGGUAGUUGGUAUUGAAAUGAAUGCUUCUGCUGUAUCUGAUGCACAAAGGAAUGCUGAGAUCAAUGGCAUUACAAAUUGUAAAUUCAUCUGUUCGAAGGCCGAGGAUGUCAUGGGGUCUUUACUGACAGAAUACUUGGAUGAUUCUCAAAAGCAAGAUGAUACUUUAAAUCCUUCAGAUAACGACGAAAAGCAAAAUUGCGCAGCUGAAAAUCAAACCACAUCAGUUAAUAAUGAAGCAGAUCCUAAGGAUUGUUUGAAUGAAAUGAAUGUGGAUACAGACCAUGCAUGUGAUUCUAUUAAAGGAGAGCAGGAUCUUCAGAUUAAUAACACUAAAGAUGGGAGUGCCCCGAAGAAGCACUUUAAAAAUGUUGUUGCGAUUGUUGAUCCUCCACGCUCUGGACUUCACCCUGUUGUUUUAAAAGCUCUGAGAACUCAUCCGCUUCUGAAGAGGCUUGUAUACAUAUCCUGUAAUCCCGAAACACUGGUGGCAAACGCUAUUGAACUGUGCACACCGUCGUCAGAAACAAAUGAGAAAGGUCGCAAAGGGCAGGGGUGGAGAAACAUGAGCAAUGCUGGUUUGGCUCGUCACAGACUCAAGUCCAUGCCUAAGUCUGAACCAUUUCAACCUGUCAAGGCGAUGGCGGUUGAUCUCUUUCCUCACACACCACAUUGUGAAUUGGUAAUGCUUCUGGAGAGGUGAAUGCCUUCAUUGUGGAUAUAGUUUCUGUCUCUCAUUGCUUGCUUCCAGUACAAUUUUGAAAGCAAGUUAGAUUAUUUAGAUUAUUUAUGUUUUGAAUGUAUUUGUAGCUCACUUGAUGUUGGAUGUGGGAAUUUACGAUGCAAGUUCCCCCUUUUGGUGGUUAAGUAUUUGAGUUGUAGUUUUGAUACCUUUGAAAUGUGAUCUUGCGGCUUAAUUUUUUAUUAUUUAUUUUUUUAGUUCUUUUAAUUCAUGUUGUUCAAGUAGCUGAAAUAGGAAUUCAACUCUUACUAAUCUUUCUGUAGCAAUUAGUGCGUCACCUGUGUAAUAUAUGGGAUUUUUUUUUGAUGCGA